UCUACGGUAACUGCGGACGGGAUGCUGAGGCAAAAUAGUAUAUCGCACAGAACAUUAUGGGCGGAAUGUGAGUCAUGAAAAUCGAUUGAACAAACUCUAUUGAUAACCAUGCAGUUCCUAAUAUUGAUCGAGCUUUCAAUGUGACUCGUAAUUCAGAUUGUUCUAGAACAUGGAACCGAUGUCGUAUUUCUGAGCAUAUGUUUUGUGAUAUUGUGAAACGCGUAGUGAGGUUUGUUUGUAACACUGCCUUGUAGCGUUGGCUGCUACAAUCCGUACCAACUCCAUAAAAGGAAGGAAAUAGCGUACUAAGCCUUAACUGGAAAUUACUAAAGACGACGAGCCACUGACCAUGCUGCGGUCUGUUUGUUUCAAGAACUUUGUGAGGUUUAAGGAAUAUCAGGUUCUGGACUUUCGGAAUGAUGGACCUUCUAUAUUUAUUGGGGAAAAUGGCUCCGGCAAGAGCUCUGUUUUAGAGGGAAUUCGUCGAUGCUUGAAGUUAGAGCUCAGUACGUCAGUUUCAUCAGCGCACGAUUCAAGUCAGUUAUCAUAUUUCAUUUGUAAUUUUAAAAAAGGAGAUGAAAAUAUUAUUUGUGGCAUCGUCUCUCUUCCUGAGAAAGUGGGACAAGAAAGCGAUGAGUCUAAAGAAGUUCACAAAAUUUCACACGUCGAAGAAGAGAUGGAAAUAGGGGAUCCACAAAUUAUUUAUGACAGAAGAAUAUCAGAAAGUCAAAGGAUGAGUACGGAUGAGGAUAGUAGAGACGACAUUCAUCUGCAGCGUCUUCCAGGCAAAAGAAAAUCAAGUUCAGAAGAGGAACUCUUUCCAAGCAAAUCGAAAUACUAUCCGACAUAUAGUGAGGCAGCUGAGACAGCGGCACGUGAUACUACAAAUGCUGCUUGUCCAAGCGAUGCGACACAGGCAAGUGAUGCUCGAAAUGAAGUCAGGUCUUUUUAUAAGUUUGCCAUUAACUAUUCUGAGAAUAUACAGAAUAAUCCAAUGUAUGUCAAUUUAGCUGAGGUAUCUAAAACGCAGCUAGGUGAAACUAAAAUGCACAUCGCGAAGAAAUAUGAGAUUGACGGUUCCUCCUCAGAAUUGAGAAGGGAAUUUUUAGAUUCAGUUUUAAGAUACAACUCAGAAGACAGAAAUGUUGAAAGGUAUAUACGAUUCGUUUUUGAAAAUAUCAAUGAAAACUCUUCGAUAAUUACAAACAAUCUAGCGGUAUUGUUAGAGUCAUUAUCAAAACAAGUUGUUUUUACUUUCCCUUUGCGCUCGAUAGGGCCACUGCAGUGGUCAGAAAGUAAACGCAUCGCUCCCGAAGAGCGGGAGAGAAAUUACACAGAAUCUGAAAGCAGGUGUGAAAUAAUUAAAUGUUUUCUUGAGGACAACAACGAAACAUUUGACAAAAAAAAAGAAGAUGAAUAUUUCAAACAGAUCACACAGCUCAAUGACUACCAUUUUGAGCUUACAGACGACGGAAGGAUUUCUUUACCAAAAGGAAAGUACGCUUUGCUGAAAACGCCAGAAGGGAUUCUGGAAGCAAAGGCAUUUUCUAUUCUUAUGUCUAGCAAAAGACAUAGGACCCUUGUCCUGGAAGAACCGGAUAGGGGAAUGCAUCCUCAGUUCAUACAAAGAAUGGUCCAGCUAAUUAAACAAAAGAAGAAUGAAAAACGUGUCAUUCUGACGACACAUAACUCAACGUUUAUAACAGCCUGGACAGCAGCAGAUUGUUUUAUCUUUCGGCGCAACGAAACGGAAUCUCUUGUUGAUAGAGAUGCUGCCGAGAAUAUAAGAAAAGCCGGGGAAAACAAAGACGUAGAGGUAGAAACAGAACAAAACAGAACAGAAUGCCGGGUAACACCUUGCAGUUCUAUUGUCGGAAAUGGAGUCAAUCUGAAGAAACUAAGACUAUUGACAUCAGACCACAUAUCAGAUAUUCUGUUUGCAAAAAAAGUUUUAUUUCUUGAAGGUGAUACUGAUUUAUUGUUCUUAACGGAAGUUAGGCACCAAAUAUUGGCAGGGGAAAGUAAACUAGAUGAAACUCUUUUCCCAUGUGAUACAAAAGCUUACAACAAGCUGAAGAAAAGUCUUACAGAACUUACAUUUAUCAAAAUAAAUAGCAAGGAUAACCUCAAUUCUAUUGAAAACAUGUCUAAAGAACUUCAGCUUGACCAUAUCUUUCUUGUUGAUAGAGAUGCUGUUAAAAAGAUAAGACAAGCAGGUAAAAACAAAGACGGAAGAAAACAAGAGGCAGAAGCAGAAAAGAAUAGAACACCAGACGAUUGGCGUGGCGUUAGAAGCGAUCUUUGGACAACAAGACGUAUUUUUUUCUGGCUAGAUGGAACUAUUGAAAAUAUGUGGACUGAGAUGUAUAAAAAGAACAAGACUCUUGAAGAUGAACUCAAAAAACAAAAACUGACUUUAGAGCCAGGUCAAAAACUUUUUCUACAUGAAAGUUUUAAUAGCAGUCACUUAACAGAAAGCAUAAGACUCACUCUGAAAUAUUGCACACCCGGAACCGAUCUUGCCGACUUCAUCAAAAUAUUGAUGAUUGAUAAAAAACAAGAAGUCAUGAUAAAUCAGUGAGAAUAUGGCAUCAUGACGACAACCACUGGUGCCACACUCUAAUAUAUUUAACCGUUCUUGUUAAGGGGCUAGAAUGGGCGGGGUUGGCAAACUGACUGAAGUUCAUAUUUUUGAAAAACAAAGUAAUUGAAAAACAGAGUAAAAUAAAUUAUGGAUGUUAAAAGUUUCAAAUAAUUUUUUCAUAGAUCUGUAACUAAAUCUCUUACUUUAAGAUUGACCGUCAAAAGUUGGACGUACAUUCAAAAUUGAGUACCAUGUUUUUUUUUUAUAUCAAUAGCAUAAUUUUGUAAAACGUAGAAAGCCAUACAGGUGUUCUAUAGACAUUUAAAAGUGACAAGUGUCGGUAAUAAAUGGAUUGAACGACACAUAAACACUUAAUUCAAUAACAAGCUUUAUAAUAAGACAAAUGAAAGGUUAAACUAGGAACAUAAUUUGUGAUAUUUGUCUGAAAUGUUGAGAACAAAAAUAUGUAGAAAUUAACUUUUUUUGCACAAAUCGCGAGAAAUUUUCGAGUAAGUCCAAUGUGACGACGUAAAGUGAACCCUGACAGCGUAAAGCCCCAACCAAUAUGAAUUCCAAUUCAGAAAGCGGUUAGCUGAGAAAUUGUAAAUAAAAACGCUUAAUUUAUCAAUACGUAUUUUUUUAGGAGAAAAUACUCGUUAUAUUCGAUAUUUUGAACUAAUGUUUAUCAUAUGUAUAGGAAAUUGUUUUGCGACUUAGAAUAUCUAGUUAAUAUUAUGAAAAAUGUGCACUUAAAUAGCCAACAUUAAAUCGCACCUAUUUGAUGUACGUGCGUAUUGAAGGUACAAUAUACUGACUAAAGGUUACGGUUAGGUUUAACAUACGUUUAAUAGUGUAAAUUCAAUGCGUGCGUACACUCAAUGCGGGAGAAGUAAUGCCGAACCUCAGGAUUUCCACCAUCAACAGACAGACUUUUGUAUUAUGCUUGGAUUAAAAAGAAAAAAAAACAUACGAAAAGGGAACGGCCAAUAAAAGCUGUAUACAUAAAGUAGUUGCGUAUAUUCUGCACUAAGUGUUAAUGUCGAAAUGACAUUGUUAUGAUACCUUUGUGAAUGCCCACUUUUGACGUUAGAAGUAAUGUCGGCAUGUAAUCGUUUUAUUUGGGAGAUGUUUGUAUCGGAUUAUGUAUGGGAUGCCAUAAUAAUUGAUUUUGCCAACAUACAUCAGUCUUGCAAAAUGCAAGUGUAAAGCUACUAGGUCCAUUUAGAACAGAAUAUGUGGAGGCUUUUUUGAAAUUGAGAGAAUACACUUAAAAUUUUGUAAACAUAUUUUUAUUUUUAAAAUGUCUACAAGUUACACCGGAGUAUACGGUGAACUUGCCCGUUUCCCAUUAUACAUAAAUCGUUUUGUUAGAAUAAUUAAAUACUGGUUUAAGGUUCUUAACACGAAAAAUUGUGUAAUAAAGACUAUAUAUGCACUAAUGUUAAAUGAUGAGAAACAAAACUGGGCUCAAAAUGUAAAAACUUUAUUAUAUUCUAACGGUUUUGGCUACGUUUGGGAUUGUCCGGAACACUUUCAUUCCAAAUUUUAAGCAACAGUUAUACUUUUGCACAAGACUGAAACAGUAGUUGACUAACAAUAGUGUAAUAUUUGUUUACAAAAAUGUGAAGCAAGACUUUGAAUACGAGGAAUACCCGAGUACAGUGACAACUAAAAGGUAUAGACAUUUGCUAACAAAGUUUAGACUGUCUGCACAUAAACUGCGCAUAUAGACAAAAUAGACUUGAAAGAAGUGAAAGACGUUGCGAAAUUUGUGGAACAAAUGAUAUUGAGGAUGAGUUUCACUUCAUUCUGAAAUAAAAAAGUAUAAAAAUGUUCGAAAACGAUAUAUUGAUAAUUAUCAUUUUGAUCGUCCUAGUGUAUUUAAACUUGUUGAAUUGUUUUCAUCAAAGAAUGUGCAAACCUUGAACAAUUUAACUUGUUUUAUAAACUGUGCCUUAAAAAUAAGAAGUAACAUAUUGUAAUGUCUUCUUUAAAUAAUAACCAGUACGAUUAAAAAAAUAUAUAUAUUCAGACUCGUGUGUGAAUGAAUUACAACUGCGAGUCCAUUUUACAAUAUAUAUAAAGUUUUUGCUAUCAUGAUUGUUUCUGUAUUGUAUUGUUUGUUAUUUAAAUAUAUAUAUGUAUACGUGUGACCUUGUUAUUGUUGUUUAAGGAUGAGGAGCGUAAGCUCAAGCCUAAAAAAAUAAAGAUUUGUU